AUAUCUUUUGCCUCGACCUCUUCCAGAAGACAUUCUAUCUCAUUGACCUUCUCACCACCUUCCCCUCGACCAUUUGUGCCUUCCUACCGUCGUUCUAGUCGACCUUAAUCCAUUCGCUUCUUCUGUCCAACAACUCUGUCGACAAUUGAUCACUCAAUUCACCAGCCCCAACACUCCACACAACCAAUCCUCACUCCUCCCACUUCCAGCACAAUGGCCAUCUCUGGAUCUUGCGAGCACCGCUUCAGGGUGAUCAAAUCCGACACGACUCUCAUCAUCUGGAACUGCAGCCUAUGUCAUUCGGGCCCGCAUUGGUUCAUCUACGAAUGCACAAAAUGCAAGGUCAAGAGAUGCGAGCCCUGCACUCGCAAAGCAUAAAAGAGCCGGAGAGACGCAAUGUCAUCGGCAACACCGAGCCCAUGGACUGACUUGAAAUGGAAUAGUUCUUUUUUUCGACCUGCUUGCGUACCGAUGUCUCUACCCCUUGACGCAGAUCAAUCGCAUGCAUCCGCCUACAUGCAUGGCCCUUCUUCCCCACCAUGUCCAGUCCUCAUCUAAUUCGCUUGGCUCACAAUCUUCUCUCCCGAGCAUCUGGGUCACGAUGACUUUCGCGCGAUCAACCGACGACAUGCUACUACAUUAGCG